GUUUGCCCAUGUGAGCGUAUCUGUUACCCAACAAGAGGUUAUAAAACUUGUUUACUGGAAAGGGACGGGUCAUUUAGCCAGGAGAACUCGAACGAAGAUGUUCGCAACAAGUUGUAGGACCAGGCUUUCGCACUCUUUGAACUUGGUGCGGAGAUUACAGAGCACCCUUGUGGUAGCAGAGCACAACAAUGAGAAGUUAACUCCAGUGACCCUGAAUGCCAUCACAGCAGCCAGCAAGAUGGGAGGGGAUCUUGUCUGCUUGGUGGCUGGUACACAGUGUGCUAAGGUAGCAGAAGAGGCCAGCAAGAUCAAAGGGGUGAAGAAGAUUCUACUAGCUGAUAAUGAGGCUUUUAAGGGGUUUUUACCAGAAAACCUGACCCCAUUAAUACUUGAAUCCCAGAAGCAGUUCAACUUUACUCAUAUUGUCAGUGGAGCAACAGCCUUUGGAAAGAGUUUAUUACCUCGUGUAGCCGCCAAGUUAGACGUCUCCCCGAUCUCUGAUAUCAUAGAUGUCAAGUCUGCGGACACUUUUGUCAGGACUAUUUAUGCAGGCAAUGCUAUUCAGACAUUAAAGUCAAAAGAUAAAAUAAAGGUUGUAACAGUUCGAGGAACAGCCUUUGAUCCUGCAGAGCCCUCUGGUGGGAAUGGAGCCACAGAGAAAGCUCCAGAUGUGGCAGCAGACAGUGGACUAUCAGAGUUUGUAGGACAAGAGUUGACCAAGAGUGACCGUCCAGAACUGACCAGUGCCAGUGUGGUCAUCUCAGGAGGCCGUGGGUUGAAGAAUGGUGAGAACUUCCAGAUGUUGUACGAUCUUGCUGACAAGAUGGGAGCUGCUGUGGGGGCGUCCAGGGCUGCAGUAGAUGCAGGGUUUGUCCCUAAUGACAUGCAGGUUGGUCAGACGGGCAAGAUUGUCGCUCCGGAGCUGUAUAUAGCUGUGGGUAUAUCAGGAGCCAUCCAGCAUCUGGCUGGGAUGAAGGACUCCAAGGUUAUUGUAGCUAUAAACAAGGAUCCAGAAGCCCCGAUAUUCCAGGUGGCUGACUAUGGUCUUGUCGCAGAUCUGUUUAAGGCUGUCCCUGAGAUGACAGAGGCCCUGAAAUAAUGGCAGCACAUGAAGUAACUGCAGGAGAUUUUUCUAUUAUUGCAUCAUUGCUAGUUUAUUCAGGGAGAUAAAAUGUCUGGUCUGCAGGAUACUCAGGCUACGGGCCUACAGGGAUAUAAGUCCUCGGUAUCAAAAGGCUAGAUGAUUGGUGGAAGAAAAAUGGAAACUAAACACUUCAGAUCUACCACAGUUUAGAACACUUGUUAUUAAGCAAUGUUGACGGACAGAGCAUUGAAAGUAACCCGUACAGAAAUGAAAAGAAGGGAGCCAUCAAACAUUUUGAAAAUUGUGUGAUGACUUCAAAUGAACAAUUGACCAUCAGAUAAAUCUUUCGAUCACAAAUUAAUGCAAUUGUGUACAUAAAUUUGUUUGUAUCAGAUUUCUGAGUUACAUUGUAGCUUGUAAUUGACAUCAAAUACAUUGAGAUAGAUACAUAUUUAA